GGACUGGUUUACACUCAACUAGGUUAUCUGUUUCAUAAACAUAGCAAAAUUUGAUUAAUUUUUUGUACCAAACUAUUUAUUGCAUAAUUGAAGAGUUACGUUAUCAAUACACUGACAGUUACAAUGAGUUCUAGUAAGCUAAUAGUUGCUUUGAUUGACAUUGGUACUACGUACAGUGGAUAUGCUUUCUCUAGUACCGGCCAAAAAGAAAAGGUGUAUACAUAUAACUGGAAUACAGCUUCUUUUAAAAAUUCGACAAGUAUUCUCUUUUCACCAGGAAGAGAUUUCCAUUCCUUUGGUUACAAAGCAGAACAACAUUUUGCAAUGCUAUCACAUACAGGAGAAAAUAGAGAUUGGUACUUCUUCAAAAUGUUCAGAUUUUUACUAAACAAACAUGAGGAUUUAAACGAGAAGACGAUGAUUCAAGACUAUACAGGGAAACAAAUGCUAGCUAUUAAAGUGUUCAGUGAGGGCAUAAAGUUUAUGAAAGAGCAUUUGUUUACCCAUUUUAAAAAGCGUAUUCCAAGGCUUAUUGAUACUGACAUUCGUUGGGUUAUGACAGUUCCAGCUGUUUGGCACAGUACAAGCCAAAAUUUCGUUCGGAAAUCAGCAGAAAAGGCUGGAAUACCUACGGAUCAGUUCAAUAUAGCUUUGGAACCAGAGUCAGCAGCACAGUAUUGCCUGUCAGAAUUGCAGAGAUCGGAAUUGUCACCUGUGCAGUCUGGACAGAAAUUUCUUCUUGUAGACUGUGGUUAUAGAACGGUUGAAUUCACUAUCAUGGAAGCACGCAAUGAUAACACAGUCACGAAAAUACAGGCAACAUCGGGAGGACCUUGGGGUGGAAUUCAUGUUGACGACGCUUUUCAAGAAUACUUGUUGGAAAUAUUUAGUUAUGAAUUGCUUGCUUCACUUUCAAGGAAUGAUAUCAAUGACUUAGAAAUAAAUUUUAAUGUACUGAAGAAAACAGUUGAUAUGAUCGACAAAAUAUAUAAAAUGUGUCUGCCGUUUAGUCUUCGACAUGCUGUAAAACCUGAAAUGCUGAUAGCUGGAAGACUGAAAAUAGAUUCGAAGGUACUGACAGCAUUUUUCGACAAGCCAAUCAAAAGAAUUUGCAAUAAUAUUCAGGAUACCUUAUUUUCCUUUAGGUUACAUGAUACAAGCACGUUAAUAUUAGUUGGGGAAUUUGCAGAAAGCAAAAUACUUUACGAAAAAAUACAAAUCAACUUUCCAAACAUUCAAGUUCUAACGCCAAAAUAUCCAGCUUGCGCUGUCGCUUUAGGUGCUGUUGAAAUUGGUCAUUGUAUUUAGACUCGUAAGAAACUUUAUAUGUAUAUGCGUAUAAUGUUUGAAUGACAUGGACUUAAUUUUUGAAAAUUCUGAAAGACAAAUAUUUUUCAUCACCAAAAAGAGAUAUUCACAUGACAUGGAUGGAAAUGCUUCUACUUAUCAUUUUAUUCAAGGAGACAGUAGUUUAUCGAUAUUGAAAUCUCGUGAAUCAAGAUAAAAAAUAAAAGCCGAUAAACUCACAUGACAUUCUAAAAAGGAGUGAGACUUGGUACGUCGUUAAUCGAAUUAUAUUCAGAUGAAUCAAAUGUGCAUUUUGCUAAUAACAAAAAGGUCAUUUUCAAAAAAGAAACAAACAUUGACCAGUAUGGAAUCGAAGCAUAAAACCAACAGAUAGCUGGAAUGUGCAGGUUGUGUCAUUGUGUGGUUAACUUUAACAUUCAUGAAAACGACGAAAAUAUACCGUAAUUAUACUGAAUACAACGACUUAAUAAUAUGUAAAAUGAGCCGUAUACACCAUUCCAAACUGAUUGAUCUAUAUUAAGAGUCUGUGUUCAAACUGAAUAACGACAUUUUACCACCUUAGAUUGUGAUUUACAUAUACGUCACAUGGUCUGUUAUUCAUCGGUUGUGACCUAUUACGGAAUAUAACUGGUUUUCCAAAUAUGAAAUCGUACUGCUUUACAAUCAGUAAUAGUUUAUGUUCAACUUGAGAAAUUUCUAUACCCUGUAUUUUCGUAUUACCUCUAACUUUUAUUGCAAAAAUCUCUGCACAUACUAUGAAAAGGUAUGGUGAUAAUGUAUCCCCCUGUCUACAGCCUCGUCCAAUACCAAAGAACUCUGAUAAAUUUCCACCCUGAAUGACUGCAGAGCUAAUAUUAUUGUAAAGUACUUUUAUCCAGUUGAUUAUGGAAUUCCCAAAGUUGAAAAACAUCAGAACUGCUAAAAGAAAAUCCCAGGAUACUGUAUCAAAAGCUUUUUCAAAGUCUAUCAACUGUAAUAAACCAGGUAUAUCUUUUUCUUCAGUAUACUGCAAAAUAUCAUAUAUAAGUCGGAUAUUAUCUCCCAUAUAACGCCCACUUAUAAAACCAGUUUGAUCUAAAUUGGUAAGUUUAUCUAAAACUUUUUAAAAUCUAUUUGUGAUCACCCCUGACCCAAUUUAUAAACUGUAUUUAAUAAUGAAAUGGGGCGCCAGUUCUUCAGAAAAUGGCGUGGCUUGUUAUCCUUUGGCAAACAUGUGAUAAUACCUUGCUUUUGAGUGACUGAUAAUGAUCCAAUGUGAAAUCCAUAAUUUAGAGAUUCUACAAUAAAAUAUUUUAAAUCUUUCCAUUUUUUUUUUUUAAAACUCAGUCGAAAAACCAUCAGAUCGAGGAGAUUUAUUAUUUUUCAUUUUAUGUAAUGUUAAACCUGCCUCAGAUUUAGUU